ACCAUUAACCCAUCAUCCAGUUGGAGAGAUAACAAUGGAGGACGUAGAACGGGUGAAGGCCGAGGCACUGCAAAUAAUGGGAGUAUUUUCACUGCUCCCAAGGCUCGUCGUUUUCGAUCUCGAUUACACUCUCUGGCCUUUCUACUGUGAGUGCCGGUCGAAGCACGACACGCCUUCUCUGUUUCCACAUUCAAGAGGGAUAUUGCAUGCACUCAAACAGGAGAGGAUUGAUGUUGCCAUUGCUUCCAAGUCGCCAACUCCCGACAUCGCAACAACGUAUCUUGACAAACUCAGCAUCAGGUCAAUGUUUGCUGCCGAGGAAAUAUUUUACACCUGGAAGGACAAAACUGAGCAUUUUCAGAGAAUUCAUUCAAAGACUGGGGUCCCCUAUAACUCUAUGCUCUUCUUUGACGAUGAUAAUAAUAACAUCCCAGGGGCCUCAGAACUUGGAGUGACAAGCAUUUUGGUUAGAAAUGGGGUAAAUCUUGGAGCAUUCAGAGACGGCCUCACAAAAUUUUCUCAAAACAAGGAUGCAUCAAAGAAGAACAGACCGAAAAGGCCCAAGUAAUACUCUCAGAAGGAAGAUACUCUCAACGAUGAUGCUGAAAUUGAAUAUCCUACUGAAAUUUCUCUCUGUGUAUUUAUUCAGAACCACAUCGAUUGACGAUUUCAAAUCUGUUGCCUCUAUUACUCCCAAUUCCCAGGAGGAAAAUUUAAGUGUACCUGGAGCAUUUUUAAUAUGAAAGUUAAAUGUUUAUCUACUAUAAUAAGAAUCUCAACAAAGCAAA